AUGUGUGACGAUACCGGCCCGGGACUUGUGCAACCCACAAUUCCUGCUACUGCUACUUUCGAACUAAAGGGCCACAUACUCACUCAACUAAAGGAGAUUCCUUUCUAUGGAAAAUACCACGAAGAUGCUUACAAGCACAUGGAUGAAGUCAAUGAUGUAGCUGAUUACAUUAUUGUUCCAAAUUUGCCUCACGAGACCCAGCUACUUCGCAUGCUUCCAGUUACAUUCAAGGGUGCUACAAGAGAUUGGCUCGAGUCACUCCCUCCCGGGUCGGUCACCACAUGGGCUAAGAUGAAAGAAGAAUUUGUUGACCACUUUUGCCCACCUUCUAAAAUAGCCAAGUUGAAGAAGGCCAUUGCAAACUUUGAACAGCAAGCUGGAAAGUCACUAUAUGAAGCUUGGGAGAGGGGACCUCACUUAACUAAAGAGUGUGACUUGGAUGAGAAUGGAAACAAAAAUUGGAAACCCAAAAAAGAAUGGCUCCUGUAUGAAGAAUACAAAAAGGCAAAGGAAGAUAAAUACAAGCAAAAAGAGAGGGGCUUCUAUCAAAAGGAAGAACCAGUUGUGGAAAAAAGAGCCAAUUUAGAAGAGAUGUUGACAAGAUUUAUAGCCGCGUCCGGGAAAAGACACAAUGAUCAUGAUGCUGCAACACAAGAGACCAGAACAAUACUUAGGAAUCAGCAAGCAUCUAUUCUCAACAUUGAAAAACAGCUUGGGAAACUGGCACACCAAGUGAACGAGAGAAGACCGGGUGAACUUCCAAGUAAAACCGAGAAUAAUCUGAGAAUGGAGAAUGUGAAUGUUAUAACAUUUAGUUAUGGGGAAGUUUUCACUCCUCUGACCCCUGCACAGAAGUUCUCAACUAAGACUUACAGGCCACCUUUGCCAUUUCCAAUUCGUGCCAUGCCUGAUGAAAAGGUUAAAGCAUACAGAACUUUCAUGGAACAUGUUAAAUCCCUUCAAGUCAACAUCCCAUUUGCUGAAACGAUGCUUCAAACACCUAAAUAUUUAAACUUGCUUAAGGGUCUCUUUGCUGCUAGAAAAGAUAUGGCUGAAGUAGUGGAGUUAGUAUUAGAUGAGCUACCAGAAAAGAAGGGUGAUCCGGGAAGCAUCUCAAUUCCUUGUCAAUUUGGACAUAUACUUGCUACUCAAGCAUUGACCGAUUCGGGUGCAAGUAUUAACCUAAUGCCUUUUUCUUUCUUCAAGAAGUUGAAUCUGCUGGAGCCAAAGCCUAUUAAUAUGAAGAUCAAUCUAGCGUACAAGACAAUCAUUCGUCGAAGAGGUGUUUGUGAAGAUAUUCUCAUAAAAGUGGACAAAUUUGUAUUCCCCGUGGAUUUUGUAGUGCUGGACAUGGAAGAAGACCCCAAAAUUCCAAUUAUUUUGGGAAGACCAUUUUUGAAUACCACAUGUGCAUUGAUAGAUGUAUGCGAGUCCACACUAACAUUGAGGGUAGGAGAUGAAUCAGCAGUGUUUAAGACUAUACAAGAGGUUAAGCAAGAAGAAACAAGAGAAGAAGAAAUUUCCUACAUUGAUUUGGAUGAUGCAAUCUACAAAAAGAACUUACACUCUUACAAAAAGAAGAUCUAA